GAAAAAAAUAAUAAACGAAUAGUGAAUUGAUCCUGAAAAGAAUGAUGUUUUUAACCCGAUUAACAACAAAUGAUGAAUAUUCGACUAAGAAUCUCGAAUCAUCAUUUUCUAUUUUGAUUAUGAUAAAAUGAUGCAAAAUUAUAGUGUUCAAUCUCGUCGUAAACAUUUUUACACAUGUUCAUUGUGUUCAUACGUUUAUAUUACAUUGGAAUCAUUACAAAAACAUUAUUUAAAUGUUCAUCCAGAAAAUAGUUGCGAUGCUAAAGAAUAUGAUUCUGAUCCAUUCGAAGAUCCGUUAGAUGAUGAUUUUCUUAAUUUAAAAUCAUCGGAUAAUUUUCGUGAAAAAUUACAAACAUUUCGUGACAAUAAUAACGAUCAUCAUACACAAAGUUCAUAUUACGGCAAUAACAAUAAUAAUCAUACUUAUUCAAAUACUAAUGAUAGUGAUCAUUUAACCAAAACCAAUAACAAUCAUUAUAAUCAUAAUAGUGAUGAAAUAUUUGGAACUAUAAAUAAAAAUCUAAAUCAUAUUGUCGUUAUUCAAGAUAAAAAAGUACGGAAAUCAUCAUCAAAUAGAAAACAAAAUGGUGGAAGAAAAUAUACCAAAAAAUCUACGCCAAUUUUAACAGCAUUAUCAACAAAGAAUCAAAAAUUUGAAACAAUUUUAACUCCAGCCACUUUUAUCGUUCAACAACAACAACAACAAUCUAAUUCAACAACCGUGCCUAUAAAUCAUAAUUCAAUUUUAUUUGAUUCGAAUAAUCAAUUAAAAUUUCAAACAAUUAAUAACAAUAAUACAGGAUUUAUUGUGCAACAAUCACCAGGAAUAAAUCUUUUGAAUACUACAAACGAAUUAGAUAAUAAGAAAAAAAAGAAGAAAUCAAAAGGAUUAGAAAAAUCUACAAAGAAAAAUUCAAAAAAUCGUAAACAAGAAGAAAAUAAUAUUAAGAAAAACGGUAAAUAUCAGUGUGAUAUUUGUCAGAAAACAUUUGUCAACAUGUAUAACAAACGACGUCAUUAUGAAAUGGUACAUAACCAAAUUCUACAGAAAUUGACAACUACCGCUCAACAACAGCAAUUACAACAACAGCAGCAACAACAACAAUCACAUCAGGGAUUGAUUCAGCACCAACAACAUCAAAAUCAUCAACAACAAUUACAACAACUACAACAACAACAAUCGCAACAACAGCAACGAACAUUACCACCUUCAGCUGUCCAAUUUGUACAAACAUUUGUACCAACAUUAGCGACAACAAAUCCAUUUGCGGCAAAUGCUGCUGCACAACAAAUUCUAACAAUAUCAGCUGAACAUGCUGCCGCAAAUCCAUCAAUGAUGAUGGCUGCUGCUGCAUCAUCAUCAUCAUUAAUGGCAGCAGCCGGUAAUCCAGUUGCCGCUGCUUUUCAUCACCAACAACAACAGCAACAUCUUCAUACAACAUCGUCCAAUACGACGACGGAAAAGGAAAAGAAAACAAUUCUUUGUGAAAUUUGUAAUAAAACAUUUUCGACCACUUAUAAUAAACGACGUCAUGAUGAAAUGGUACAUGGUCAAAAUUCUGGCCUACGUAUGGCGCCAAAAUAUAAAUGUUCAUCAUGCGAUAAAGUGUUCUCAUCAAUCUAUAAUAAAACCCGACAUGAAAAUAUUCAUAAACCAAUCAAUGAACGUUUGAAACAUAUUUGCCCUAAAUGUAACAAAGGUUUUACCACAUCAUUCAUACUAAAAUCACAUUUGCAAAAAAUUCAUCAAAUUCUUUAGAAUAUUAUUAUUCAUCACAUUUGAAAAUUACACUAAACAUUUAAUUUCGAAUCCAUCAUCAUCACGACAAUAAGGAAGAAAACAUGUUAGACC